AUGGACAAGGUUACUCAAGUUGUCGUCUUCUCGUCAACGGCAAUCGCCCUUUAUGGUUACGAUCAGGGCAUGAUGAGUCUGAUCAACACGAACGAAGACUAUCUCAGCACAAUGGGUCUUCCUGAGGAGAGUCCUAUCGUCGGCCUCAUUGUAGCCUUGUAUUACCUGGGUACUGCUGUCGGAGCUGUCAUCUUCUCCUUCCUGGCCGAUCGUUUCGGUAGAAAGCCUGCGCUUUUUGGAUGCCUCGCCAUGUCCUCCCUCGGAAACCUCAUCAUGUUCGUUGCUGGUCUCAAGUUCUCCAAGGGAGCCAUCAUCGUCAUGAUCGCCGGCAGAGUGGUGAUGGGACUGGGUGUAGGCGGUGUUGAUGCCGUGGUUCCAGUUUACAGUUCCGAGCUCUCCGAGGAUGAGGCUCGUGGUAAGGCACUUGCUCAGGAGUUCCAGAUGAAUAUUUUCGGACUCAAUAUGGCUUUCGCCGUGAACCUCGGGCUGACUAUAGCUCUGGGCAAGUCCAACCAGUGGGCCUGGAGACUUCCCAUCAUCAUCAUGCAGGUUUACCCUGUCCUUUUGAUGGCUUUCAUUGGCAUUCUUCCCGAGUCUCCAAGAUGGCUCGUCUCUCACGACCGCAAGGAUGAUGCAAAGGCAGCUCUUGUUACAAUCUACGGAGAAGACCAGGCUGGAGAGACUUUGGACAACCUCAUUGAGUCCAACGACAACGAGUCAUCCAAGAACGUCACCUACACUGACAUGCUUACCCCAGGACACGCUCAGUUCCACCCAACAAUGAUAACUGUCAUGGGACAGAUCAAUCAGGCUCUUACUGGGUAUGGAGCUGUCUCGGUCUACGGCCCUCAAAUCUUUGAGCUGCUUGGAUUUGACACCCGCAUGUCUGAGUAUCUGACCCAGGGCAACUACGUGUCUUACUUCAUCCUGAUGACAUUUGCAUGGCUCUUGGUUGAUGCCGUGGGUCGCCGUAAGGUGUUGCUCGGUGGAUCUAUCGUCUUGACAGUCUGCUUCUUCUUGCUUACCUUGUUCGGAGGCCUGGCAUUCAACGCUGACGAUUUGGGUAUUCCGGAAGUAGCUGUUGCUAUUCCGGGUAUUGUUGCCCUCUAUGUUGCUACUGGAGCAUUCGGUAUCGGUUGGCUUGCAACUAUCUGGCUGAUCCCCACGGAAAUCUUCCCUACUACCGCAAGAGCCCAAGGUACUGCCGUCAGCGUAGUUGUCUGGGGUUUGGCCAACUUUGCUGUUACCCUCCUGACACCGAUUCUCUUCAACAACCUCAACUACUGGCUCUUCCUCGUCUUCGCAUUCUCGAACAUGUUCGCCGGAGUCUGGACUUACUUCUACCAGCCCGAGUCCGGUGGUCGCAGCUUCGAAGACAACCAGGUCUUCUUCGAAGAAGCCAAGAAGGCUGGCACUUGGAGAGUUGGUGCCGUCAAGGAUGGUGAAUUCAAGAAGAUGCCUUACGGCAACUCUGACCGUGAUAGUGAGAACACGCCUUUGCUCAGAAGAGUGAGGGAUCAAGUUUCGGCUUAA